GCGCGCGCGGGGUUGGGAGGAGGCUCGCGCACGAGAGCAAUCCGUGUAUUUGUGUGUCGUAUAGGCCAGGGAUGUGAGCGAGGGGCGACAAUAAUGGGGAAUAACCGGGACCCCGGUGCUCUGGAGUGGACACGACGACUGGACGGUGAUCAUCAAGGGGGUUAACGUGAAGACCAGCCAUCUCGAGAGUGUUUCACACAGAUUCCCGAGGCUUAAUGGAUUUUAUUGGGCUCAGUGAUCAAUUGAUUGUCGCCGGAGAGCAGAUAAAGCGCAUAUAAUCACACUGGAUACGAUUUAUCCAUUUCCAUGGCGUUAUCAUCGACCCAGAGCCGCCAAGCAGGUCACCUGGACCCAGGACUAAAGCGGGUUCACCGGGUCUAAAGCGCUCGAUCUGUCGUGUUUCCGGCGAUGUCCGCGUCCUGCCUCGAUCUGCGCAGCGCGAUUUCAGCACCACCGCAGCUGGACAGCGACCGCAUGGAACGAGCGCUCGAUCCCAGCCGUCAAAACUCGCCAGACUCCGCCGGGGAAUAUCAGACCCUCACGCUGCUACACACCGCGCCCGGGGGACUCGGCAUGGCUCUGGAGGAGGAGCUGGCCAUGCUCACCCGCGAACGGGAGGAGGACCUGGAGGUAUCCGCCUCAGAGACACCUGUGAGCGGACAGGACUCUGACCUACUGUCGCUCUUCCGGCAGAAAGAGAAGGACUUGGUCCUCGCUGCUAAACUGGGCAAAGCUCUACUUGAACGAAACCAAGACCUCACAAAGCAAUAUGACAAAAUGACCAAGGAUUUAAACGACAAACUGGAGCUGCUGGAGCAGGAGAAGCACGAGCUGCGACGGCGUCUGGAGAGUCGUGAGGGUGAGUGGGAAGGCCGGGUGGCCGAACUGGAGACAGAUGUGCAACACCUGCAGGGGGAGCUGGAGAGACAUCAGGUGCAGCUGCGUGAGGCCGACCGCGACAAGAGCCGAGCCAUCAGCGAACUGUCAGAACAAAACCAUCGACUGCUGGAGCAGCUCAGCAGGGCCGCCGAGGUGGAGAAGCAGUUGUCUACUCAGGUUCAUUCUUUACGGGAUGAUUUCAAAGAGAAAAGCAUCUCCACCAACCAGCACAUGACGCGCCUUGAGACUCUACAGGCCGAGCAAGGGCUUGAAAUAAAGAUGUUGUCAGAGCGUAAGCAGGAACUGGAACGACGUGUAAACGCCAUGCUGGAGGAAAACGAGCAGCUGCAGCACACAGUGGAGGACCUGAGAGAUCGAACGCUGGUGCUGGAGAAACAGUGUCACGAGAAGGACUUACAGCUGCGCCAGAGUCAGCUGGAGCUGCAGGAAGUGCGCGUCUCUCACCGGCAGCUGAGCGCUCGUCUGGAGGAGCUGACGGAGGAACGCAGUCUACAGGGCUUCAGUCCGAAUCCACACAGCCUCCUUUGUGAGAUCGAGCAGAGCAUGGAGCAGGAGGAGCUGGAGCAGGAGAGAGAGCAGCUCCGGCUGCAGCUGUGGGAGGCUUACUGUCAGGUGCGCUCCAUCUGCUCCCAGCUAAGAGGAAAUGACAUCACAGACUCCGCCUUAUCCACAGACUCGUCCAUGGACGAGUCUUCGGAGACGCUGUCGGCUAAAGACGUCCCCACGGGAAGUUUGCACGCCAGUCUUCUGGAGCUGCGCAGACUCACACAAAACCUUCUGGACGGCAACGAAUCCACGGGUUCACGGCGCAGCGAUGAGGAGGUGCUAGAGGAGCAGGUGCGUAAACUGAGCGAGGAGCUGCGAGAGCUUCGAGAACUGUACGAACAGGAGCAGGAAAAAACACGCAACAGCCAGGAGGAGGUGCUACAGCUCCAUAAUCAGGUGGCGCUGCUCUCGGUGGAAGUUUCUUCUUCAAGAGAGGAGAACGAACGGUUAAGAGUGAUGGCAGAAGUACACGAGCCCAACGAACAGUUACAAAGCGCCAUACGAGACAGAGAUGAAGCCAUUGCCAAGAAGAAAGCCGUGGAGAUGGAACUGGCGAAGUGUAAGAUAGACAUCAUGUCUUUGAACAGUCAGCUGUUGGAUGCGAUACAGCAGAAACUCAACCUGUCUCAGCAGUUAGAAGCCUGGCAGGAUGAUAUGCACAGAGUUAUCGAUCAACAACUGAUGGAUAAACACCAGGAGGAGUGGAAGGAUCCUCCAUACUCCUUCAACGGGUCACGAGGAGGAGCUCCAUCCAGACAACCGCAUCGCCUCUCGGACGGAGACAAGCGCCUCUUUUCAUUCUUCAAGAAGAACUGAGAUUAUCUGAAGACAUGGAGGAAGAGAGUGCGAGAACAGACGUGAGAGAAAGGGUACAACAAACGACAGAAAGAAAGUCAAAUCGCCAGAUCAGUGGCUCUCAACUGGGAUAGCUCAUCAAAAAAUCUUUAAACUCAAACACUGAAUUAACUAAUUCACAAAAAUAUGCAGAUCUAAAUUUAGAUUUAUAUAUUUGAAUUGCAUAUAAAAUUUCAUUCAUUUAGACACAGUUUUAACAUAAACUAAUAAACCUAAUGUGAUGCAUAUUUAUCAGUCGAACAUAAGUGAAACAGGUAAGAUUACCAGGUUUAUACAGUUAUCAUUAAAAAAUCAAAUUUGUUUCAAUUUCAUAUUUGACCCUGGACCACAAAACCAGUCAUAAGGGUCAAAUUUUGGAAAUUGAGAUUUAUACAUCAUCUGAAAGCUGAAUAAAUAAGCUUUUUAAUGAUGUAUGCUUUAUUAGGACAAUAUUUGGCCGAGAUACAACUAUUUGAAAAUCUGGAAUCUGAGGGUGCAAAGAAAUCCAAAUAUUGAGAAAAUCACCUUUAAAGUUGUCCAAAUGAAGUUCUUAGCAAUGCAUAUUACUAAUCAAAAAAUAUGUUUUGAUACAUUUACGGCAGAAAAUCUACAAAAUAUCUUCAUGGAACAUGAUCUUUACUAAUUAUCCUAAUGAUUUUGGGCAUAAAAGAAAAACUGAUCAUUUUGACCCAUACAAUGUAUUUUUGGCUAUUGCUACAAAUAUACCUGUGCUACUUAACACUGGUUUUGUGGUCCAGGGUCCAGUCACAUAUUUUAACUGAAUAUUGUUUUUCACAGCCAUAAUUUAACUAUUUUCAUAUUUUGACAAAUAUGUAUCACAAUAAGUUUAUUACUAAAUUGAAAUUUAAGCCUAAAUAAUUUGGUAACACUUAAAGUCUUUACAUAUAAUGCAUUAGUAAAGUAGUUUUAAUGCAUUAAUUAUGCCUCAUAAUGAGCAUUAAAAGGCAUAAUCCACUACUGUAUGAUGUCAUUAAUAAUUACACCUUCAGAAGGUAUAAUACGUUAAAACACCUCAAAUGUUAAAAUGCAUUUUAACUUUGGUUACAAUUGGGUUCAGUUAUUGAAAAGAUAUAACGCAUUAAAACAUACAUUAUGAAUAAUAUGCAUUAUGCAUAAAGGCUUUAAGUGAAUAUAUAUAGUUUUCAUUUUAUCUGCACCCAAAAAGUGACUUUAAAAGCAUAGCUUUUGGGUCACGAGUCACCGGUUGAGAACCACUGUGCUGGCAAACCAGGUUCUCUGGUGGCUUUGAGCCGUUUUGCACUUUAUCUGUACCCACAAUCCUCCCUCAGAAAGCUUUAGGAGUGGAACGCAAAUCUUGAGACACGGUUGUCGUCUGAUAGGGUGAAGCCCUGCGUCAGGGUCUGUUCAACAGGGUUCCCAGAAUUCUCCAGUCCUAUCAGAAGUCCGUUCCCCCUGCGAGUGCCUCGGAAAGCUUCUCCUCACCUCACUGCCAGAGAUUCACGGAGGCACAUCCGCUCACCGACAAAUCACGGCAUUCGCUAGAGACUCAACUCAGGAUGAACUAGACUUCAAACGGUUCAGGACAAAGGUUUCAGCAUCACGAUGUAGUUUCAGGCCCAGACGGAAUCUGUGGACGUCUUUUGCAUUUUCUGGGCUGAUUUAGGGAUGAAAUUUGAGAGUGCUGCAGUAUUAUUCCAAAUGAUGUGAAUGUCAUAAAUCGGCAUGAAUUUGUUAUUUUCAGACACAGUUUCGGUGUGGGCCUGAUUGUAGAUGAUGUUUGAACGCUGCAACAUUAAAAUCACAAAUAGCUACAGAUGUUCUGCUCUUGGGUUCAUUCACAGAGGCAUUUUAUAUGAACGAAAACAACUAAUGAAUGUAAUUAACUUUUUAACAACCACAUGAAUAUUAUAUGAAAUUAACUUUCAGCAGCUGCUUAGAAUCAAAAACGUAUAAAAGCACGCAACAUAUACAAAUAAUAGUGCAACAGGAAAUUACUAGUGUAAAUGCGUCGUGGCUAUUUCAUCAAAUGUACCUGCUUGUUUUUUUAGCACAUUUCUGGAGAAAAUGUCCUCAGGACUGCUUGAUAAUAAACUUCAGGCUGUCUGCGUCACAAUCUGACGCGAAUGAACCAAAGAGCAGAAGUGUUGAGUUGUAACUUGUAAUGAAAAACUGCAUUGAAAAUAAGGUUUACACACAUACAAACACAGUAGAAAUCUGAGAAACACCAAACUGAAGACACCGUUAGAAGAUACUCACCAUUAGAAAAUCUCAGUCCUCAGAGAUGCACUGAAACUGUGGCUGGGUUCGGAAUGAAAUACUAGUGUACUUCCUAGUGUACCGUAUAUACUACAUACUUUUUUUUUUUUUGUUUUUUUUUAAAGACUAAAAAUGUGACACUGUAUGCAGAAUGUAACAAUAUUUUAAAGAGUAGAAUGCUACAUUGUAGUCACCAAAAAUUCCGAGAAUUUAAAUGGAACAUUUUUAAAAUUCAAAUUUUUGAAUUGAAUCUCUUGUCAACAAACUGUCAAAAAAAGAUUAGUACACAGAAAAGUCUGUAAAAAUACGAAAUGAUGUACUGUGUUAUUUAUUUCUUACAGCAUUGAGAGAUGUUACAGAUUACUUCCAGGUCAUUUGCAUUGUGGGAUAAAGUAUUUAACACAGUGAAUGCUGUACAUCUAUACUGCAUAUUUUGACAACUGCAGUAUGUCACUAGCAUACAAAAAAACUGCAGGCAUAGUAAGACUACACAAAAUUGUCUCUGGACCACCACAGGUAAAUAUAAGCACCCCAGUGACAGUUUUGUACCUUUUUCUCUGAGAAUGUCGUAUGCUAGUACAUUAUUCUGAACGCAGCCCAGGUCAUUUCUAGUGUGUACUUCCUCCAGCCUAUGAGAAUGAAGGGAGCACUUGUGUCCUGAUUGUGAGCUGUAAUCGGGUGCGUUUUCUGUCUCGUGUUCGGUAUGUGUGAGUGUGUGUAUGUCUGUGUGUUUUUUGGGUUCAGUCAGUGAAAGUCGGGCAGAUUUCGAGCAAAGCUAUGCAGCUGUCUUCUUUCUCGCAGAGGUGAUUUUUGGUUUGGAGAAACCCAAAGAGUGAUUUUUUUUAUACGUACAAAGACACAAACAGGUUUGGAAUAUAAAAAAAAUAAUAAAAGGAAUCAAUAUAUUUGUAAAUGUAUAACUUUUGAAUGACAAAUCAACUUUUUUAGAACAAUCUCCAUGUAAGCGCUUGUCUGUCGUGCAGUCUGGUUUGUAAGUGUUUCUGGAGGAUUCGCUGGAAUCGCUGUCUGAUAAGAGCUGAAUGUAAACCAUCUGAAAAACUCUCAAUCCAGACCCAAUACAUUACACUCUGCUCCAUUAGUAAUUCUGUAUUGAUCCAGAUCAAUGCCAAAUAAGAUAAGAUGAUUGCAGGAGAAGCAUUACAGAUCAACAUGAUAUAAGUUGAAUUUUAACAAUUUUAAGUUAUACACUGCCAGUCAAAACUUUGAGUAGUAGGAUUUUUAGCGCUUUUUAAAGAAGUAUCUUCUGCUCACCAAGCCUGCAUUUAUUUGUCCAAAGUACAGCAAUGUAAUUUGUGUGAUUAAAACUGAAUUUUCAGCAUCAUUACUCCAGUUUUCAGUGUCACAUGAUCCUUCAGAAAUCAUUCUAAAAUGAUGAUUUAUUUAAAACAGCUGAGUACUUUUUUUCAGGAUUCUUUGAUAAAUAGAAAAAUCCAAAGAUCAGGAUUUAUCUGAAAUAAAAAGUUUUAUACUAUUCAAAAGCUGUUUUAUAUGCAUAUAAUUACAGAAAAAAAUAUUUUUUUUUAUUUAGCAAGGAAGCUUUAAAUUGAUCAAAAGUGAUGAUAAAGACAAUUAUAAUGUUACAAAAGAUUUCUAUUUCAGAUAAAUGCUGUUCUUCUAAACUUUCUAUUCAUCAAAGAAACCUGAAAAAAUUAUGUUUUCAACAUAAUAAUAAUAAUGUGUUGUGAGCAGCAGAUAUUAGAAUAUUAGAAUGAUUUCUGAAGAAUCAUGUGACUGGAGUAAUGAUGCUACACAUUCAGCUUUAAAAAAAAAAAAAAAAUAAAUAAAAAAAAAAAAAAAAAAUCACAGAAAUAAAUGACAUUUUAUAAUAUAUUCAAUUAGAAAACAGUUCUUUUAAAUAGCAAAAAUUUUUGCUGUUUUUGCUGUACUUUGGAUCAAUUAAAUGCAGGCUUGGUGGGCAGAAAAGACUUCUUUAAAAAACAUUAAAAAUCUUAAUGUUCAAAAACCCUUGAUUGGUAGUGUAUGCAUUGUUGGGUACGUAACUCUAAAAAAGUAAUUCAUUACUAGUUACAAAUUACAUCUUCAAGAGUAAUUACAGUCCUGAUUACUCUCUCUAAAGGUAUUGCAUUACUCUUUACUAAUUACUUUCUAAAUCCCAUAUCAACCUCAACCAGUUGCACAAGGUUAGACAUGAAACUGCUCUUUUAAUUAUAUUAAAUCAAUUUUAAAAAUUGCAUAAAUGAUAAUUAAACUGACCAAAGUAUUUAAAGAGAGAAGGUUACAUUAAAGACAUAUUUUAACAUUAGAAGUUAAAUUUUGAUGUUAAAUCCACUAUUGUUUUAUAUAAAAUUAUUCUAUAGUCUAGACAGUAUUUAAUGCAAUUACAUCAGAAGUAACUGUAAUUACAGAAAAAGAGUAACCCCUUACUCUCAUGGGAAAGUAAUUAAAUUUCAGUACCUAAUUUCCAAGUAAUGCAUUACACGCAACACUGGUUAUAUAAACAUUCACUAUAGUGACCUUUUUAGCAUGCAAAUUUAAUACAGAAAUUUGCACAAAUAUGCAUAUUACAAUAAAAAUGAUUUAAAUUAUACAGAAAACAACUUCAAAUUUAAAUUUCUCUGAAAUGCUAAUUAAAAAGCUCCAAAAAUCUUCUGACAUCUAUUUCAGAUAAAUGCUGUUCUUCUGAACUUUCUAUCAUCAAAGAAAUCUGACAAAAUUCUGCUCAGCAGUUUUCAACAUAAUAAUAAUAAUAAAUGUUUUUUGAGCAACAAAUCAAAAUAUUAGUAUGAUUUCUGAAGGAUCUGGAGUAAUGAUGCUAAAAAUUCAGCUUUAAAAUCACAGGAAUAAAUUAUAUUUUAAUAUAUCUUCAAAUAGAAAAGAGUUAUUUUAAAUAGUAAACAUAUUUCGAAAUUUUACUGUUUUUGCUGUACUUUUAAUGAAAUAAUUGCAGACUUGGAGAACAGAAGAGACUUCUUCAAAAAACAUUAAACAUUUUAAUGUUCAAAAACUUUUGACUGGUAGUGUAUGCAGUGUUAAAAAAAGUAAUUCAUUACUAGUUACAAAUGACAUCCUCAGAAGUGUAAUUAGAUUACAGUCCUAAUUACACUAAAAGUACUGCAUUAAUCUUUACUAAUUAUUACUUUCUAAAUCCCAUAUCAGCUGCAACCUGUUGAACAAAGAUCAGCAUGAAACUGCUCUUGUAAUUAUAUGAAAUAAAUGUAAAAAACUGAACUAAGUAUUUUAAGAGAGAGGGUUACAUUAAAGAUAUUUUUUAACAGUAGAAGUUACAUUUUGAUGUUAAAUCCACUAUUGUUUAAUAUUAAAUUGUUCUAUGGUCUAUACAGUAUUUAAUGCAAUUACAUCAAACAUAAAUGUAAUUACAGACAAAUAAUAAUAAUAAUAAGAGUAACCCCUUGAGAGAACCCCAUGGGAAAGUAAUUCAAUUUCUGUAACUAAUUACUAAGUAAUGCAACACUGGUUAUAUAAACAUUCACAGUAGUGACCUCUUUAGUAUGCAAAUUUAAUACAGAAAUUUGCACAAAUAUGCAUAUUACAAAUAGAAGUGAUUUAAAAUAAACAGAAAACAACCCAAUUUGCAGACUAUUUAACAAAAUGAACGCAUAAAAUGUGCAUUUGUGCAUGCAAAUAUUCUCUUUUCCUUUUAAAAAGAUAAAAUUCCUCUAGAACGCUUAUUAAAAUGCUCCAAAAAUCCUCUGACAUUUAAAUAUCACUGCAACAUCUCAAUUAGAUUUAAUUUACUCCAGAUUACAUUUAAUGCCACUUUAGGAAAUUGCAUUUGAAAGAUCCAAACUGAUGCUAAUGUGUAUGACAAAGGUGAUUUAAAAAACGAUUGGAUGGUUAUAAUUAUUGUGGAUGUUUUCAUGAAUGCCUGUAGUGUUUCUCCUGUCUGACUCUAACGGCGGAUGAAUGAAACUCGCUGUUAUAUUAGCAGUGAUUUAAAUCUUCCAGACAGCAGCCGCAACCCGAAUCGCUCCACGUUUAGAGUAUUACUCGUCUCUCUUCUGUUGUUCUGUAUGUACAAACAUUUCAAUGUCAUUUCUUUAGAUUCUUUUCUUGCGUUUCACACAUUGUUCUGUAAUCGUCUCGUUACAUUGACUUUGUACUGCUGUCCUUUUGCCAUUUAAACACUGUUUUUGCAAGUCUC